AUGGAGCCAAAUUAUUUCCUACUGGGCUACCCAGAUGAAGCAUAUGAUAUUGUAACUGAAGAUGGUUAUAUCCUUGGCCUUUAUGGAAUUCCUUAUGGGAAGGCAAACAAUGAUAACAAUUCAGCUCAGAGAAUUGUCGUUUACUUGCAACACGGUUUGUUUACAUCUGCCACCAGCUGGAUUUCCAGUCUUCCCAACAACAGCCUGGGCUUCCUCCUGGCAGAUGCUGGUUAUGACGUGUGGAUGGGAAACAGCAGAGGGACUACCUGGUCCAGGAAACACCUAAAAACAAAUUCCACAGAAUUUUGGGCUUUCAGUUUUGACAAGAUGGCUAAAUAUGACCUUCCAGCCUCUAUUGAUUUAAUUGUGAAGCCAACUGGACAAGAGGAAAUAUUUUAUGUAGGCCAUUCCCAGGGCACUACUAUUGCUUUCAAAACAUUUUCCACAAUGCCAAAGAUAGCUCAAAGAAUCAAAAUAUUUUUUGCCUUAGCACCAGUUUUCUCCAUUCAAUACUCAAAAAACCCUUUACUUAAAAUGGCAUACAAGUGGAAGCCAGUGAUCAAGGUAUGUUAUUCCUUUCCUUUAUGUGGUUGAUAACUCAAAGUGACCAUGAUUCUGUGCUUUCAAAAUAAAUGUCUUGACUAUGUUUGCACGGCCCCAUGUAUGAAUUGGAUAUUUGGUUACCUUUACACUGGAUUCUUGCCUUUGUUUCUAUAAAGGGAUAGGAUUUUAUUUAUGAUACCUUUGGACAUCUCAUUGUGAAACAAAAUUCAGCUGUCAAAUCAUCUCUACAUGCUGCCCCCAAUAUGGCCUUAAUUUAAAUGUUUUAAACUACUGUGAGAUAAUACAUUUGGUUGUAAGCAUAGUGAACUCACCACAGCAUUUCUUGAUAUUGUUUUUGUCUUCCAAAUAUGAAUAAAGUAAAUUUAUUUUACAGAUUUUUGCUGGCAACAAAGAUUUUUUACCUAAUUCAUCAUUUAAAAGAUUUGUGGGUUCAAAGGUGUGUCCACUAAAAAUUUUUGGUAAGAUUUGCCAUAAUAUCUUGUUUAUGAUGUCUUGAUACAACCAGAAGAACUUAAAUAUGGUGAGAACAAGUUGUAUUUGUAUGUUUUAUCAAGUUUUAGAAAGUAGCUCUCAAUAGUGAUUAUUUUAUGCCUUGUUAGUCAUUUUAUGAUUUACCCAUAUGUACUAGUAGGUAGAUUCUUAGCCUUUCUGAUUUUGUGACUAUACCAACAACGUGAAACUAAUUUGCACCACCAUGCUGGGAUUAUUUGACCUCCAUAUUUGUCUUCCACUCUGUAAAGAGCAGAAAACAGCUGCUGUGAUGGGUAACUUUAUUAUUAGCCUUUGCUAUUAGGUGUUAAUUUCUUUACAUUUCUUGCAUUAAAGUUGUCUUCUAUUGAUUUAUUUCCAAUAA